AUGGCAGAACAGCAACCCCCCACGACCGAGACAGCAGCAGCCGCCACCACAGAGUCAGGCGAGCAGGACAAGGUGUCCCCGGGCGUCCGGGCGGCGCGCCUGCAGGCCAUUUACGCGCAGGCCCUCGGCGGCACGCUCAAGAAGCUGAGCUGGGCCAACUUUGCGGGGUGCUACCCGACGGUGGCGCGGCGCGCCGAGGGGGUCCUGCGCCGCGUGCAGGAGCAGAUGGCGAGCCAGCUGCAGAUGCGAUGCGAGAAUGAGUUUGCCAAAAUCUUGGAAAAUAGACAGGUUGUGGGCAAGCUGAACGAGCUCGAGGCCCUGGUGAGCGACGCCCAGGGGGCGAGGGAAGAAGCCCAGGCAGCUGGCGCGACAGAACCACCGACGCCACCGCACACACGCCCGCCACGAAGCAUUCUCGCAGCGCACCUGCACCCGUCCCUCGCGCGGCACCGCGCGCAGCUGCACGCGCAGCUGCAGGCGACGCAGAGCCAGAACCGGCUGCUCGAGGGCCAGGUGCGCGAGCAGCGCGCCGAGGUCGAGGCGCUGCUGGCGCGCCUCGAGGACGCCGCGGCCGAUGUGCGCGCCGCCAACGAGGCCCUGGCGGCCGCCGUCGGGGCGCUCGUCGAGGAGACGCGCCUGGACGCCGAGCAUGUCUGA